AUGAUCGUGACCGUGUGUGCCCUAGUACUACUAAUUCUUCUACUCAAAUCUUUCCGUGCCAAAAAAACUCUCCCAGGUCCAUGGAAUUUGCCCAUUCUAGGCUACUUACACAAACUGGAUCCAAAAUCACCACACCUGAGUUUAACAAAACUCGCCCAAAAAUACGGACCUGUUUAUAACAUCAAACUUGGCUCGAUUAACGCUGUCGUCAUAGCCGACGUCAAAAUAUUGAAAAAAGUGUUAGCAAAGGAUGAAACCCUCGGAAGACCUUCGCUUUUCAUGAUAGACACAGUAUUCGAAAAUAAAGGACUCGUGUUCACGUCUGUUGAUCUAUGGAAGGACCAACGCAAAUUUUUGGCAAAUUUUUUGAAAACGGCAGGGAUCAGUAAAGUUUCACCAAAUAGGAAAAAGUGGGAGAUGUUGGUGACAAACCAGGUUGAAAAAAUUCUACAAGUUAUGAAAAGUCAAACUCAUGGUGUACCAGUCAAUCCUUCAGAAUUUGUAACUCAGUAUGCAAAUAGCAUCGCUGAACUGUUACUUGUAGGAAAACAGUCUUCACAGGAAGACAAAACGGUUACCGGUGGUGAGAAAGUUGCGUCCGUAACAUUUAGAGGUCCACUGAACUUUAUGCCAUUUUUACGUGUCUUACCAUAUUUCAAAAAAACACUAUCUUCGGCAAAACAAUCCGUCAACAAAGUACGCCAAAAUCAAAGAAAACUAAUAACUGACUUUGAAAAAUCAAGUAAAGAUGGUGUGCCAAAUUUAGUUGAAACGUUUCAGCAACAAAUGUCUCACCCUAUUUACAAUUUCGACCAGCUGCAACACCUGAUUUAUGACCUAUUCAUGACUUUCAACGAACCCAUAAUCACGUCCUUACUUUGGAUACUACUAUUCCUGGCGCAGUACCACGAAGUGCAAGAUAAAGUCCGACAAGAACUGUUUGAGGUAUCGCUAGGUGAAACAGUGACAAUGGACGACUUUGCUAACUUACAUUACACUAGGGCAACCAUUGCUGAAACAGCCAGAAUUAGAACUUUGGCACCAACAGGAUUGCCGCACUCUGUCUCCGAAACUAUUUGUGUUGAAGGUUUUACAAUUCCAAAAGGCGCUAUGAUAUUGCCAUUGUUGUGGGCCAUUCACAUGGAUCCAAAUCUCCACGAGAAGCCGGACGAGUUUCGUCCUGGAAGGUUUUUGGACGACGAAGGAAAAUUUUUCGAACCGGAGUCGUUCCUUCCGUUUCAAAGCGGGAAGAGAAUGUGUCUUGGGAAAGAAAUAGCACAGACGGCGAUGUCACUAUUUGUUGCUAAUGUUGUGAAGGAUUUUAAAAUCGAACGACCUGAUUCCUCAGUGCUGGAUUUAACUGGUGUUUAUGGUGUUGUGUUAGUCCCUAAACCACAAACCCUAAUUUUUAAAAAGAUUUAA